AUGUCGACGUCGACGUACGACCAUGUGCUCUUUGCUUCGGCUGCCUCUGUACGGUUGUCGCUGGCAUGGGCAUUUCCAGGUCUGCCAGACCUCCUCAGCGGGCGUGUUGAGUUAUCCACCCCCGUGACAGGCUUCAAGAGAUUGCAAGAGGGCCUCUUCCUAUACAACCAUGGCUUGUCUCCAUACGACGGUGGUGUCUUCCACCAGGCACCUCUACUCCUACCACUCUUCUCGCUCCUCCCCGACCCGGCACGCUAUCCUCUGGUGACCGUCUUGCUGUACACAUUGGUCGACCUCGCGAGCGCAUACGCUUUGAUGCAGAUAUUUGCUUCCGGCCAAUCCUACGCUUCUCGCUUCUUCACAUCAUCCCGCGAGUCGCAACGCUGGUCGUCCUCUGCUGUCGCUGCCGCACACCUCUUCAACCCCUUUGUCGUCCUGACAUGUCUGGCUCGCUCUACAAAUGUCUUUGGAAACCUGUUCAUACUUGUCUCUGUACUCAAGGCUUGUCGCGGCGCCGCCUUCGGUUCCGCCUUCGCUCUGGCCCUGGCGUCAUACAUGUCAUUGCAUCCCUUGCUGCUACUGCCCCCCCUAGCCGUUCUGUGCUACGAUUCAUCCAUCAUGCGCAAUAAGAACGUUUCAAGAGAUGGGAGGAGCUCGGCACUUGUUCCCUUUGCUGCCAAGUACACUGCCGUAUUCGCAGUCGCCAUUGCCAUCUUGUUCGCAUUAUCCUAUGCUUUGACUGGAAACUGGUCCUUCAUUUCCUCCGUUUAUGCUUCCCGACUUUUGCUGCCAGACUUGACACCCAAUGUUGGCCUUUGGUGGUACUUCUUUAUCGAAAUCUUCGACUCCUUCCGUAACUUCUUCCUUGGCGUCUUCUGGCUACACAUGGUCUCGUACUCGCCUGCUCUCACCAUCCGUCUUCGCGAUCAACCUCUAGCGGCUGUUGUACUUAUGUGCGGUAUCUUUGCCAUCUUUCAACCAUACGCCAAUGUUGGCGAUGCAGGAUUUUGGCUUUCCUUGCUCUCCAUGUAUGGUCAUGUUCACGAACUUUCACGAUACGCCUUCCCUGCAAUCAGUGCUCUGAUCUAUACCACUUUGUUAGGACCCGCAUUCUACUACCUCUGGGUCUACGCCGGCAGUGGAAACGCCAACUUCUUCUACGCCAUCACUCUCGUCUGGAGUCUGGCGCUGUCAGUGAUCCUGGCCGAUAUGCUCUAUGCCAUCAUCAGAGACGAAUGGGAGAAAGAGCGACCUGAGAUGAAGGGCAAAGAAGCCAGGCAAAUAUGA